UUCCAAAAAAGGAUCGCCUUAAAACAAAGACGCCAAAAAGCUCAGGCUAGAUUCGUCUAUACAUUAUGUCUGUAAACGAGAAACACGUGAUGAAUAUUAUUAUGACUUAAUUCACAUUGUUGGUGUCAAACUAAAGGCGGGGACGGGGGCUCCUGAAUUAUAAUGACUCCCCUCGGCAUGUGCGGGGCUGUGUGACAGGGGUGUACCAACACUACGUUACGCUCCGGUCUCGUGUACAGUAUCGUGUAUUUUCUCGACGAGGUUUACGUGAGCAACGAGCGAUAGACUGACUGACGGAGACACACAAAAACAAGGUGAGAGUGGUGUGACGGGGCCAAAGGGCGGAGUCAGGAUGAGCUUGAAGAUGAAAGAUGAUGGUGACAUGAGGACUGUGGGCAAGUCAAAAAUCAAGAGACUGGAGAAGUCAAAACCAGACUCUGAAAGGGAUUCUGGUUUCUCAGAUGCUAGUUCUGAGCAUCUGAGUACAGUUGACCAGGCGGACACAGAAGAUGCAGCUCGAACAUUAAUACCAGGAGUGGGAGGUUCUAGGUCCCAGCCAUCUCAGCUGGCUGUUAUGGGGGGAUCUUUCCAAAGUCUGUCACCUAUGAUCAUCAUGAACAAUGUUCUUCUCAAACAGCCUGGUGAUAACCCUACCUCUUUGAAGCCUUGGGGUUUCAGUCCAGCAGUUGAGGUUGUUCAGCAACCUCAAGUAGUCUUCCUCCAACCAGUGGUCUCCCAGAGAGCUUCUACGUUGCCAAAAGGACCUCCUACUAAACGUCGUAAGCACAAGAAGUACCUCCCCAUUUUGAAAUCCUAUCCCAAAAUUGCUCCUCAUCCUGGGGAUAGUCCACGAAGUAACUGCACUAGCAGUAGCAGCAGCUCCAGCACUACUGCUUCAGUGAAGAGUUGCAGCUCAUCUUCCAGCAGCCAGGAUCAGCCUCAUGAAGACAAGCAGCAAGGUUUACAAAGCAGUACCUCUUCUGGUUCAUCAACACCAAACCACCUUCCACCAUCCAGGCAUCUUUCAGCAUCGCCUCAGCCCCAUGCAGCACUUACUGAUUCCAUCACUGGUAGUUCCCCUGGUGUUGAAAGGCCAGCUAGUGGAAGGCUGGAGCUUACCUCGGCACUCACAGACAUGCAUACCAAGGCAUUACAGAACCAGUCACAAGGAGGCUCCGAGGAUGGCACCUGCCAAAGCAGUGACUCUGACAACAGCAUCAAGAGGAAGCGUUUCUGCAACACCUACAACAUUCUCAGCAAAUCAGGAUUGCUGGACAUUACGCUGCGCACAAAAGAGUUGAUUCGACAGAAUCGAAGGACCCAAGCUGAGCUGGAUCAGCUUCGCCAACAUACAAACCUUUUCAUGGAAGCACUACAGACGGGAGACUUUCGUAUCUGGAGCAAACUACAGCUAAGUAUGCAAGAGGAGAGUGAGAAAGAGAAGACUGUAAACGGUGAAUCAGAGACGCACAGUGAUCAGUUGAAAGACACUUAAAACACAGACUCAGAUUCUUAAAGCUGAUAUUCACAUUGCCUUUCUUACUUGCUUUUGAUCUUUGUUUUUCAGAGUUACAGUAAAUUUAAUAUAUUCAACGUUUGAUACCUGCCAACACCUGUAAUACUGAAGAAAUGGAGGAGGAUAUAAUCAUUUUUACUGUGAGCAAUAUUUACUCUUGCUAAUAAGACAAAAAUAAUGAAGAAAGGAGAGAACGAUUUUGGUUCACUCAAUCAAAUACAGUCAGACAGAAUCACAGUAUUUGGAAUUAGCAGUAGCCUUAUUGGAUGCACAAUAGUUGGAAUUAGCAGUAAUAUUAUUGGAUAUAUCUGGGUCUGGGAAGAUAAGAGUUUUCUGAAAGUAAUUUCUACACAUCCUAACUGUACUGAGUUCACAAAGCAUUCAUAAGGGCUUCUUUUUUGCCUCAAUAAUAUAGCUGUACUCACAAGCUAACAUAAUAUUAGCAGUGAGAUGAAUGUAGCAUACCAGCGGCAGAAUAGCAGUUUUAAAACAUCUAAUCUUGCUAACACUUUAAUUAGAUAGAUUAAAAAGAUGUCACACCUAAGCAAACAAAGGAGGUUCCCUCAGGGGAGUCAUGUAAUAGGAUGAUUUAAAUGUAAGAUUUAUUUCUUUUUUUUUUAAAGUGGAAGUGGAUCUCAUCUUAGCACAAGCCACUUUUUUUUUUACAAAAAUUAGCAGUUGUGCCUAUAUUGCGGUAUAGCAAUUAGUUUUUUAAUAAAACCAGCUCAAUGCUGAAAAAAGAACCAGUGGAACUAGCAUAUGGUGUUAUUACCCACGCCGAAUUUGCUCAUUCUCAACAGACGUUUGGAGGCAUCAGACUUGGCACAAAUUCAGAUCAUAAACCAUCUACAAUUAUCCUCUGAGGCAGCUUUAAUAUUAUCAUUUUAAUUGGUGCAUUAUUAUUUAAUUUAAGUAUUAUAUCAUUAUUAUUACCAGCCCAAUUUGUACCUUUCAACUUCAAGUAGAAAAACACAAGUUAGGUCUUACGAGGGUAAUCGCAUUGUGGGAUUUGCUGUGGUUUAAGCCAGCCGAGCCAAAGAGGUCACAAAUUUCAGGACCAGUUUGACCAAAUAAAUUUUCAUUAUUGUUUUUUGGACUGUGCUUCAAUAUGUAAGGCAUGUUUUGAAUUCUCUGAAUUUUCACUGGAACUGAAAGGCUAACAAGGAUGAAACCUUGUAGCUGCAGAUAGUUGCCAAACUGAAUUACUAUAUUUCUUCUUUCUAAAAUUCUUGCCUUAAACUAGAACAGGGGUGCCAGUCUUAUUCUCCAGCUUGUUUGGAAUGAAAACCUGAAGCCAUUUUGGCCCAUUGCGGAUAAGAUUGGAGACCACUGGACCAGUAGUUCCUAAUCCUGCUCUUGGAGGUCACAUGCUCACAGCACACCAGAUCCUAACUAAUCACUUCAUUAACAACCCCUUACUGAGUUGAAGUGGGUGGUUUUAAAGCAGGGAAAACAUUAAAAUGUAUGGGGCAAUGGGCCUUCAGGACCAGGGUGGGGGAGCGCUGCCUUCACAUUGUUAAAUUCCAUACAGAGUUGCCGGUGUAGUCUUCUUAGUUUUUGCAAAUCAUUGUUGUAAUGCCAUUAAUUUUUCACAUAGUUUCAUUUACCCAUCACAUAAAUGUAAUAUUCUAAUGUGGCUUUAGCACAUGCUUAGAAGGCCUUGUAUGCUUUGUUUCUCAAGUAAUACCACAAAACUAUUUAGUGUAGCUUGUGUGUCCCCAGUCACCACAGGGUUUGGAAAGGUUGGAACAGGCUGUGUCUGUUUUGCUGCCCAUAAAUGUGUCUUGGGUGACCUGAGUAAAAGUAUAGUGAAAAUGUGUGACUCAAAACCUUCUGCCCAAUUUUGAUUAAAGCAUGUAAUAUAUUUAAUGAUUUUUAGAUCGUAACUCGGUUGUUAUAUUUAUUUAAAUAAAUCAGUCACUGCUGUCACUGUAGCUUUCUGAAUCUGUUUUUCAGAAGCCGUAGCAUCAUGCACAUUUCUUCUGUAUUCUUGUUUACACAAACUAAAUGAGGAAAUAUUGAACUUACAGGCUUAAAGUCUCAUUUAUAAGACAUUUAGCCUAUACUGUCUUCAACUUUGCCUUUCUUGCUUUCACUUUAUACGACUUGAGAGGAACAUGUCUUCAUUAAGCGUAACAAUUGUUUGAAUGAAAGCUUUUUUAAAAAACAAAAAAAACAAAAGCAAUAUCCUUCUCCAAAGCUAUCAUAUUGUCCAGUUUACCUGUGACCUGUUUACAGAGCAGUUGAAAAUCUGGUGAAAAAUGUACUGAAUGACAAGUAUAUUUUGACAUCACCUACACAUAUGUAAGAUUUGUUCUAUUUCUGUCAAAUGCAGUUGGUAGGAAAUUUAUAAUUAAAUGUUCUUAACAUAAUAUUAUUAAUAAUAUUAAUAAUAUUAUUUGGUUGUCCUCAGCAUAAAUACCCAGUGAAAAAAGUCUGAUACCAUCCAUGCCAAAAGCGUGGGCCUUUGAUGACCAGCACAUUUGGUGCCUUUCUUGAUAAUCAAAAAUAUCCAAGGUAGUCUUUGUGAAUCACAGUGCAGGGAGCAGGUGUUGGCAUGUAUUCAUUAAUGCAGGUCUGCUUUUCCCCCUUACAUUUAGAAGGGAUGAAUUUAUGUCAUUCUUGGCAGAAGUCGCUGCCUUUAAGGAUCUCUGUGUAGAUGGGUUUAUCAUGUUAGAUGCAUGAUUAGGUUGUGCGCAAAUUCUGAAAUGCAUUCAGAGACACCUCAUUCUUCUUCAGAUUCAUAGAGGUUGGAAUGCACUGGACCGGGUCAUAAAUCACAGUGAAUUAUUUUUGUUUGUUUGUUUGUUUAUAUAAACCGUAUCCAGUGGUUUGGUUAUCUGUCAUGACACAAGGGAUCAUUAGGACCUACUGAGGCCUAACUACAGUCAUCAUGGCCUUAAAGGUUCGUUUGAUUUUGUAAAUGCUAUUCUUUGUUGUGAGCAAGAAUAAUUGUCAGAAGUGGUAGUCAAGCUUUUUUUGUGGCAGCUACAUGUUAACCACUAGUUUGUGUGACUUUCUUUUGAGUUUUUUAUAUUAUAUAUUCCAGGCAUCAUUUUUCAAGAGUUAUAGACUGUCAAUUCUUCCACUUAAAAGUAGCAGCAUUCUUUUGCCUUCAAGAAUGGUAUUUAACGUUGCUUUCAAUGUCCAUAACGAAAUGUCUCUCAUUGUUAGUGUAAUGUAAGGCUAAGGAAAGGUGAAUGCAUUCUAAUCAUUCAACAGUCUAUUGUACAGAACAGUAAGAGGACCAUUUUGUUUAUCAAAAGGUGGCAUGAGCAGCUGCUGUGAAUGUGCCCAUGUUUUGUGUUUUCUGAUGCUUUGUCAACGUUUCCUUUAGGCAGGUGAACGUUGCUUCUUAUAUCUUCUCUGAUGCUUGGAUUUAGCUACUCUUUAGCCAGUUUACUCCUGAGAGGUUAAAAGAGCAUUAACAGUUUUUUCUCCAAAGCCCAUUAGCUUCAAAAAUUCUUUGGCACAUUAGUGUCUCAUAACAUUAAAAACCAUUCAAGGUUUUUUGUGAAUGUGUGGUUCUGCAACCACCUUUGUUACUUUGUGCUUAAGAGCCACCAUAACCUUACAGCAAAGCAUGGCUUAAUCAGUUAAAACAGAGCAGAGCAGUUCAGAGCUGAUGAGCCUUUUUUGGCACAGUUAGUGUCAUAGUGGUAUCGUUGCUUGUUAGAACACCAUUCUUUUUCUUUUCAAAGCCAAAAGCCUUCUCUUUGGGAUUUAAUACAUCUGUACAAAUGUCCUGGCUUGUAACUUGGCAAUAUGCAAUUUCUUAUUGUUGUUGUUGCUGUUCUUUUAUAGUUGUCUUUAAAACAUUUGUGUGCAAAGGUUAGGUUUAUUACAUUGCAUAAUAUAUGGGCAGCUGCAUUCUUCUAUGUACCUAUUUCUGUUUCUUAUUUCUGUUUUUUUUAACUGAUUUGUAUUUAAUGAGGUGUAUUUUCCUGUCUAAAAGCUUUUGCAUUUAUCAAAACUGUAGUUUUAAGACAUCCUAUAUUUCAUGUACGAUGAAUACAAAUGUUCUCCUGUAGUCUUCCAUCUUAGUAUGUGUGGAAAUGAAAAAUACAAAUGAUGUUCAGGAUUUCAGCACAGUAUAUUGUAGUAGGAUUCAACCUCUCCCUUAAAUAAUUCCAAAUUAAGUACUGUCUCCUGUUCGUUCGCUUUUUGGUUUUGCUUUGUUUUUUAGUUUGUGAGAUUGGACCUUACUGAAAAUUCAAUGCUGAAGCACUAGUCUUAAGAUGUAUCUGUUUAAUGUUUUAUUUUUUUUAAGGUGCCCAAAUGCAUUUUCAGUAAAUUUAAUAUGUGGAAAACAUAAGCGUCCCUUUGCUGUGAACAACUGAGGUAAAAUAAAAUGUUAUCAACACAUU